CUUAUUGUCAUCGUCCUUGUAACAUGAUGGUUCGCCCACCUCAAACUCAUCUCAUACGACAGCUUUCACGUUUGGCCAUAGGAAGCUGUCAAAGUGGGAUAUCUUCUUCGUCUUCUCAGCGUGCUUUUGCACAGAUCAGAACUUUGUCCAGUACUGCAAAAAAAUCGGCUGAAUCUAUUGAAUCUUUCGCUUCCUUCAGCAUUGGCUCUUUACAACCCCUUUUACCAAAAAAGCAAAGAAAGCGUCUUGGCCGUGGACAAGGAAGCGGUCGUGGUGGAACUUCAACAAAAGGUCACAAAGGUCAAAAAGCAAGAGCAGGUAAUGGUAAGCCUACACCUGGAUUCGAAGGUGGUCAAACACCCAUUAUGCGAAGGUUUCCCAAACGUGGAUUUACCAAUUCGUUCGCAAAAGAGUAUGUUCCUUUGAGCGUUGGUCGUAUUCAAGACUGGAUCGAUCAAGGUCGUUUAGACCCAAGCCAACCAAUCACCGCACGCGAGCUUCUAGAAAGCUCAUGCGUUCAUUCAUGCAAGGAUGGUAUAAAAUUAUUGGCAGGUAUGACGAAUAAGGUGCGCACACCUAUCCAUUUGAUCGUUUCUCGUUCUUCAUCAACAGCCAUAAAUAUUGUCGAAGCUGCUGGUGGCUCAAUCGUGUGCAAAUAUUAUACGCCCACUACAUUGCAAGCUUUGAUCAAGCCACAUAAAUAUCUCGACCGCUUGCCACCUCGCGAUGCUGUGCCGAUCAACAAGAGAGAAUUGCUAUAUUACGCAAGCAAGGCAAGGAGAGGUUACCUUGCAGAUCGUGUUCCUGAUGUCAGGAUGCCAAAAGUGACCGGCAAGCCAAAGGAUAAAGCUCUCGAAGCUGCUUCUAAUGACUCUCAAUCGGUCGUUGAGGCAAAUGCUAUCUAACUGUGUACUCAUAAUUAAUAGAUUGAAUUAUUACGUAUUUCAGAGUCUGUGCUCUCCUCUUCCUCUAUCGCAUGAAGGAUACGUGAGAAUUCGAGAUAGAUUUAUUUCGAUUGCUAUAAUGUACAAUGUGCUGCUGCGAGUUAAAAGUUGAAUCAAUAACUAUCCCCUUCUUGACCUUCUGCUGAGAAGCCAUACACUUUGCGAAGGACGUCGGCUUUUCGCUUUUCAUAUUGCGAUCUAGAAACUUGCUCUGAUGGCGUUUUUGAGAUUGCUGUCGGUAUUUCA